AUGUUGGAAGCUAUUCCACUGUUGUUCACACCCAAAUGCAACCCAACAAUUUCGCUUCAUCCUUUUCGCAGAACUGUAAACCAGAAGCACCCAUUUUUCAAUUCAAUUUCUUGCUCACUUUCCAAAAACUUCAAGAUUAAUGCUGCAAAGAAACAUGAUCAGGUUCCUGAAUCGAAGCCACAGAAUCUAGAUGGAGAAAAUAAUUCAGUAACUGAAAAGGGUAAUGGUGAAGGGUUUGAUUUUGGAUGGUUGCCUGCUUUUCCUCAUGUCUUGACUGCUUCCUUGUCCAAUUUUCUAUUUGGUUAUCACAUUGGUGUAAUGAAUGGCCCUAUUAUCUCCAUCGCCAAAGAGCUUGGUUUUGAAGGGAAUUCAUUUCUUGAGGGACUUGUGGUGAGCAUAUUUAUAGGUGGUGCAUUUAUUGGAAGCAUAAGCUGUGGUUCUCUUGUUGAUAAACUUGGUUGUCGUCGCACCUUUCAACUUGACACGAUACCUUUAAUUCUUGGUGCAAUUGUAAGUGCACAAGCACACUCGUUGAAUGAAAUACUAUGCGGGAGAUUUCUUGUUGGCCUUGGUAUUGGCGUGAACACAGUUCUUGUUCCUAUUUAUAUUUCAGAGGUUGCUCCAACGAACUAUAGAGGUUCAUUGGGGACCUUGUCACAAAUUGGCACAUGCCUAGGAAUUAUUAUAUCACUGUUUUUAGCAUUCCCUUCAGAAAGCGAUCCCCACUGGUGGAGGAUAAUGCUAUACAUUGCCAGUAUCCCUGGCUUUGCUCUUGCACUGGGUAUGCAGUUUGCGGUUGACAGUCCCCGCUGGCUAUGUAAAGCAGGGAGAUUUGAUGAUGCUAAAGAAGUUAUAAAUAACAUCUGGGGGCCUAGGGAGGUCGAGAAAGCUAUUGAAGAAUUUCAAUCUGUCAUUAGGAAUGAUGGUGCUGACUUGGACAGCAGUUGGCUGGAACUACUACAGGAGCCACAUUCUAGAGUGGCAUUUAUCGGAGGUGCUCUAUUCGUACUUCAACAGUUUGCUGGUAUAAAUGGAGUUCUCUAUUUUUCGUCCUUGACUUUCAAAGAUGUUGGAAUCACAAGCAGUGCUUUAGCUAGCUUAUAUGUUGGACUUACCAACUUUGCAGGAGCACUUUGCGCUUCAUAUUUGAUGGAUAAGCAAGGGAGAAAGACACUUCUGGUUGGAAGUUACUUGGGAAUGGCAGUUUCUAUGUUCAUCAUAGUUAGUGCUGUCAGCUUUCCUAUAGACAGAGAGAUUGGCAGCAACUUAUCUAUUCUGGGAACAAUCUUGUACAUAUUGACCUUUGCGAUUGGAGCUGGGCCGGCAACUGGUCUUAUUAUACCAGAGCUUAGCAGCAACAGGACACGAGGGAAAAUCUUGGGCUUCAGUUUCUCUGUUCACUGGGUCUGUAACUUCUUGGUCGGCCUAUUCUUCCUUGAACUUGUGGAAAAAUUCGGCAUUUCUCCAGUUUAUGCAGGCUUUGGUGGCGUUUCCUUGUUAGCAGCAGCAUUUACGUCCUCUUUUAUAGUUGAAACAAAAGGACGAUCUCUUGAAGAAAUUGAGAUAUCAUUAAAUGCCGGUUUACAAGGCAGAAAAUAA